AUGUCAUCAGAUUUCAAGCUUUUCCCUGCUGCAAUUUUCUCUUCUUUUACGUCCCAGAUGCAUAAGAAACUCAGUUUUGACGCACGCAAAGAUCAGCCUUUCUUUGUCCACACUCUGGGUUGGUCAUCGAUUGACCCCUGUGCCACAUGGAAACUAUGGGGUUUGGUCUGUCGACAGCUAAUGGUGGAUGACAUUUGUCUUGUGUUGAUACGCCAGUUGGGACCGAGCAAGAAAUCACGAUCUCAAACCGUUCCACCGCAAACAGGUGCACUACCAUUCACAGAACAAGCGGUAACAAUCUCCCAUCGUGAUAGAACAGAAUAG